UUGGGGAAGAUACGUCGCUGCAACAUGAGCAUGCAGGACGACCUCAGAGCACACUUGGCGGAGCUCAAGAGUCGCCAAAAGGCCUUGACGGCGAGGCGGGUUGCCCUGGAGAAGAAACAAGAGCUGCGUGAUUCGACCUUAGCUGAGUUCAGUGCAGCGUAUUCGGACAUGCUCCGUCGCAAGCUGCGGGUGUGCAAGCAAAACCAUGUCGAGUCGAGAAAGCGCAAUCAAAAGUUCGUGUCGGACAUUCAAGAGUACCAGAAGCAGCACUUUGGAACGGCAUUACCUGGAGUAGUCGGUCGAGCAUCCGCCAUGGCGUUGGUUAAGGCGAAACAAACGUUUGCCGACCAAGUGGAAGUCGUAUACCCAGCUUGGCAAGAGAAGAUGCAGCAAAUGAAGCUGCACAAGCUUCGCCAGUUGGAGCAGGAAAAGCGAGAAAUCGAGCACCGUCGGGUGUUGGCAAAGCAGAGCUUUGAAAAAGAGCAAGCGCUUGAGAUGCUUCUCCAGCAAACGGCGCAAGAUAUUUCGUUCGCCGCGACGAUCGAGCGCAACGAGGUGUACGAGCGCCAGCUCUUCCGCCAGCAGAAGAUGAAAGAAGCCGCGGAUUUGGACUACAUCAUUCAAAUGAGGGCGGACGAAGAGAGGCGACGUCUUGAGGAAGACCACAUGAAAGCGCUCGUCUCGGCUCCAUUGGAAAAGUUUGAAUCGCUCGCCCAAAAGUAUGCUCCAUUGAAGAUGGAAGUGCCGUCACCAGGAAUGGCGGCGACAGCCCUCAGACAGCACCACGUUGAGCUCAGUGUGCCAAAAAUCCCGACAACCGUUCCAAACUUUGCAAACAAUACGGACUCCAUGCAAGAGUUAGAAGCCCAGUUGCCACGUCAAGUGCAGGAUGGCGUUCACAAGUUUCGAGCAUCUGGUCAAGACGAUACAAUGCCCAUCGAGGAAAUGUCGUUUGGGUAUGUUCCGGUAGGGCCAGCCUCGAUGCAGCCAGCGGGCGCCUUGCCCCCUCCACCACAAGCCGCUGUUCUGGUCCAUCGUGCGGCGCCUCCACUGUUGUCACAGGUGGACCAUGAGUUUCAUCCGAUUCCUCCUUCAAAUCAAGCGAGUCCUGCACUACCGCCCAUGAUACUCGAAACGACAAUGCCCCUUGUGCCGACAGAAGAAGUCAUCUACGGCCCAGCGCCGGCCCAAUCUGCACCGCAUUUAUCAGGCCCCAGCCCACGUGUCGACGUCAGUUCGCAUCUCAUGCAAGAACCAGCGGAUCGUAUCCUCCUGCCGGCACCAACGCAGACAAUUCAGUCACCUGGUCGAGCCCCCGCCAGUUCUCUCCAAAUGGAAGAAGCCUCCAAUGUUAUAUCCAAGGAAGGCGAGAGUCGCGGCGAAGAAAUGACGGACAGAAUCCUAGCGGACUAUUACCACAUGACGCGACCAGCCAGUUCGACCGAGGUGCCAUUCAUCGAGCAAGGCGCAACUAGCAGUGGUGCCAACGAACCUCUGCCUGCAAUCAAGGAGGCAGCAUGCGACGAUGUUCGAACGGCAACGAUCGCGCCUGCUCAACCAAGUCCCUUGGACCGACAACCUGACAUCACCCAAGCCCAUCCCAGUCCACCCAAGGCUCAAUCGGCCCUUGAAUCCACGCAGGGCUUGCCCACUGCAACUGCAGAAGUCAUUACCCCAAGUGAGAUAUCUCCAGAGGGUACGACGACCUCUGCAUGCGGCGUGCCAUCAGCCCAUGCUGCCGAAACCGACGACCCCGUUCCUGCCUCCGGCCCUUCACUGUCAUCAUCCCUAUGCGACAACCCGAGCAAGGAGGUCUCGACAUCGCCAACCUUGCGCAACCCCUCCGCGCCAGACUCACCCACCGAUGUUGAAGCUACAAAUUAUGCGCCUCGUCUUUCUCAAGACGACACCACACCACACAAUGAGCCUGCUACAGAAGCCAUGGAAUCCGUGACGCUUCAGGACAGCCCAACUACUGCGACGGCCACCUCGGUUGUGACGUUAGCCAACGAAUCGACAGAGGACAAAGAAAGGGUGUCUGCGAUAGUGGACAUGACCUUGUCUGUGGACGAGAGCUUCGACCUGAGCCACUCUGCGGCAUCCGCGACAGUCGAGGAAAGCACCAACGCCACCAUUGUCGCUGCAUCCGCGACGGACCAGUCCAUGGGCACUUCCAUGUUUCUGCCGUCGCCGGAGAUGUCAGCGGACGUUCUCGUGUUGGACGGGUCCAAUGCUUCGAUGUGCCCCGACACACCGAUUCCUCGAAUGACGUCGGCGUUUUCAACGAAACAUGACAUUGACGAAUCCACACAUAUCAUGGCUGAAGACGCUGACGACAGAGACGAAUGCACAGGCACGUCCGUGACAUUCAACCUGACCAUCAACGAGCGGCUGUCGGUACUGCAAGCGCUGAUCCCUCGCAUCGAAGACGCAACGAAAGACGGCGAGCAAUUUACUGCUGACGUCGAGAGCGGCAUCGAGAUGAAGUCCAAGCAGGAUCUACUCAAGAUGGCGAUGGGCGGUCGCAAGGCACAGAUUGGGUUCUUCGGAGGCGACGUUUGUUUUGCGCUGCUCUUGGACGUGUGCCGAGAUGCUGCGCCAUAUCUGUUCCCCGAACGCAUUUUCGAAGGCAAAAUGACCGAUCAAAAACUGGUCAAGGAGUACAAAUCGUGCCGCGAGAGAGAACUUGACUUUUGGAAACUCCUCUCGGCUCACUUCAAGCAUCUGGUUGCGCAGGGGGCCAUGCCUGGUGACCAACUCGUCGAGUUGCUCGUCGGGAUCUUCCUCGCGCACUUGAACAACGACGCACGGUCUACGAGAAAGCUCAAAGAGUUCCUGUCCGGCCAUUUGGGCAGCGGAGCGACGUCAGAAAAGCCACCUGCACCGCCUUCGAAGCAGUCCGUCGACGCUGCAAAGCCAGUCGAACCAGCGCCCAAACAGCCUGGGUCAAAAGAUCCCAAGCUAUACGAAGCCAAGAGCGUCCUCGACCUGGCUUUCAUGCAGUCGGAAACGUCGCCGUCAAAGCGAAAGGCGUCCGAGAAGGGGUUGAAGCUCCCCAAAUCGUCCAUGAGUGCCUCCAGCGGGGGCCUUGGCCAACGAGUACUGCGUGGCGUAAACUUGGGCGACAUCUCCGAAUUUGAAGACGACGACGACAGCAUUGAUUUGAACAAGUUUGUAAGGACGCCAUCGAAUAAUUCGAGAGCGUCAGGAAAGCCCGCGGCAACCACAGCCAAGGCGUACUCGACAACCAACGAGACCAAGAGAGCACCAAAGGACGACGACUUCGAUGCAGAUUUCUAAGCUGCUGCACUGUGUCGUAUGUGCAGAGAAUACUGGCUCAAGCACACCAUCGUGCUCGUUGAACGAGCCUGGUUGCUUUCA